UAGCUCUGCAGCCAGCCAGUCCGAGUUACCGGCAUAAAAUGUACUGCUGAAUUGCUCGGCGACGGAACCAUAAACGAUUUUCAUUUGAUUGAUUACAGUUAUAUUCGUAUUGUUGUACCGGCUUUUAAUUAAGUAUAGUUCCCUAUUUGUUUUUCAUUGUUAACUUUAAAUGCAACGUGAGUUUUUGAUGCAAAAGGAUUAUUUUACAUUAAAUAUUAAACAGUACUUAUUGUAAUUAAAGUAGGUAAUUAAUUUGAAAUUUCAAAAUCCAGUACAUUCGGCGAAAAUCAGGAAAAUUGCAUUUUCGAAAUAAAAUAUUUGAAGAACCGGAUAAAAUGGAAGAGUGGUUGAAAAUAUCACUAUGUGUAAGUUUGUUUGCAACUUUUCGGGACUUUCGACCAGUGGAUUCAUUUUAUACAUCAUAUUUAACCAGCCCAGCCGUAAAUUUUACUACUGAGCAAGUAACCGAAGAUAUUUAUCCAAUAAAUUCGUACGCAACUACAAGUCUAGUAAUUAUUAUGUUUCUUGUCACAGACUAUGUUCUCUACAGACCAAUUGUAAUGUUGGACGCAUUAAGUUCAAUUGUGAUGUUUUUAUUAGUUUUGGAGCCUGUUACUCUUUUCAAAUCCAAACUAAGUAUGGUAUUUUUGGGUCUAACGUCUGCAUCUGAACUAGCGUACAUGUCAUACGCGUAUGCAAAGAUUCGUGACCGUAGGUUAUAUCAAAAAAUGACCGGAAUCGUUAGAGGCUCCAAUCUUCUGGGGAAGUGUUUAUCAUCCACAUUUGCUCAAAUCGCAGUUUCAUUUUUACACUUGGAAUAUGGGUUACUCGUGUAUAUUUCAUUAGCGGGUUCAAUUAUAGCAUUUGUUGUUACAUUUUUUCUUCCUCCUGUAAAUUCAAGUAUUUAUUUUCAUCCUGAAAGUAAAAAAACUGCAAACACAAAAGUCAACUACAAUACAUUCUAUAGUCAAUAUCAUAAAGACCUUGGAUCGUGUUUCGUUGAAAAAUCUCCAAAGCCCGUUCGAGUAGUAUUUGAUCAGCUGUACGCAGAAUUGAAGGACGCGUACACCAAUCCGUAUCUUCUCAAAUACGGCAUAUGGUUCGCCUUCGCCACCGGAGUCUAUUUCCAGGUGUUGACGUACAACGACGUCCUUUACUUGGAAUUGAACGAACUCGAUCAGGUCAACAACAAGUUGUACAACGGCGGAGUUGACGCUUUGGCUUUCAUAACAGGAGCAUUGUCAUCAUACUUAAUAGGGUUCCUGAAGGUUGAUUGGAAAUCCAGAAGUGAUUUAUUCCUCUUUGUCGGCUCACUUUUGAGCUGCGUUACUCUGUGUGUCUGCUACGUGACAACAUCAUUAAAUUUGGUAUACAUAAUGUACAUUAUGUUCUGUUUCGUAUUUCAAUCGAUGAAUGUUGUGGCCAGGUCCGAAACAGCUAAACAUUUAAAGCAUGACAGUUUCGCUUUCAUUUUUGGUGUCGUAUUUUUUAUUUCAUUAUUUAUGUCAAGUGUCUUCACAUAUUUAUUUGUUCAAGAUACUUUGAUUGCGAUUCCAGUAAACGUACAGUUUCUACUCUAUGGAUUGAUUAACGGUGGACUUGCUCUUUGGUUUUUUUUUCAAAUGUGUAUAAAAAAAUGGAAAAGUUGACUGCUAUGCAAAACUAUGUAAAAAAAAAAAAUGUUAGUGUCAAACCAAAUUGAUGAUCUAUACUCAGAUUUUACAUUUUUACCUCUAUUCCUCACGUUUAGUACGUAUAGCUUUUUAAAUUUGUCAUAAAUUGUAUACCUACAAUAUAGGUAUUUUGUCCCUUUUUUAUAUUUUAAAUCACUAAACUGAUUGUGUAUGACUAAGUUCAUACAACUUAACUAUAAAAUAAAUGAAUAAAUUAACUUAACGUUUUAAUUACCAACCAGGCUAAUGCUGACCUACAAAAUACAUUUAAAUAAUCUAACGAUUCCAGGUUUUGGAAUCUUAAUGACUAAUGAUUUAAGUCAAAAUUGCAAUGUUUAAUUAUUGAUUUAAGUUAAAGUAGAAACAUGCAUUUAAAUUUGUAAUUCAAUUUCUUAUUGCUCUUCUUUACGUUGAACUGAAUUAAAUAAUCAUUUUAAUUAUUAAACCAAUUAUUAUUUUUAAUCUUUUUAACAAUAAUCCAAUGAGAUUUUUUUGAGGGACAACCGAUUGGAAUUCCAAAUACGAAGUAAGAUGAUCGAGUAACCAUCCUAUUAUUAUAUACCUUAUUGAAGUCACAUGCAAGUGAAUCUACAUUUUUGAUAACAUCAAUAUGUUAAUUGUUAAAAAGCGACUCUUGAAAUGGACGUUUCCAGUUCAGAUAUAUUUUCUUUAUAUUACUGAAAAGUUAUUUCGAACAAAAGUCUAAAGCUGUAUUCUAGUAUGAUAUUACAGAGUUUAUUAAACUACUUUUGAAUUUAUAAAUUAAACAAUAGUCGUACAAGCUCACGCAAUCUACUGAAAUGUCGUUUCAGUUAAAGUGAUAUAAAUAUUUUAUUUCAUUUUACCCGUUUUAAGGGGAAAUGUCGAUCUAGAUAUUAUGAAUAAUUUCAAUACAUUUUCGAAAAACAUUCCUAUUACAGAAAAUUAUUUAUUAUUUUCUAAC